UCUUUUUCAGGUUUUCUAGUCUUGCCAGAAGGAUGAUGGAUGAAAUACUUCAGAGUCAAAAUAAUGAAGAAAGAUGCUAUAUACUGGGGCGCCGUUAUAUUAACUUGAUAGAUCAUGUAUUGAAAGUAGCUGAUGAUCCAAAUUUCACCAGAUCCAUGUUUAUUGCUGACUACCAAAAAGCAAAAAAAAUUGUUACCAAUUUGAAAGUCAGCUUGAGAAAAAGAUAUAAAACGGAGGCCACGUUAGCACAUGGACAAGAAUGUAAAACAGAAAGUAAUUCAUUAGAGAGUGAACAACAUGCAGACUCUUCUGCAAAUACCUCCCCUAGUUCGUAUAUCGUCUCCUGUGUUAGUAAUGAAUAUUAUAGUGACGCACCUAUGUUUAUAGAUAAUUUUAUAUCUCCGACCGAGUUACUAUCUGCUAAAAAAAAGGUGAAAAAUAUGCUUGUAGUAGAUAUUAGAAAAGCUGAAGAUUUCAAUGAUUCAAGACUCCUACUUGAUCCAGGACUAAUAAUAAAUAUUCCUGAAGAUUUGAUUUUACCUGGGUUAUCUGCAAAUGCUUUGGGACAUAAUCUCAAUUCUGAAACUGGAGCAAUUUGGGACAAAAGAGAAUUGUACAAUAUGAUCAUACUGAUGGAUUAUGAUACAACAAACCAUACUUUUCCUAAUUCAAAGCUGGAACGUUUAAGAAAAUCUAUUGUAGAGUGGGACGUCAAUCGCAGGUAUGAAAGAGAACCAUAUAUACUAAAUGGAGGAUUGAAAGAAUUUGUAGAUUGGUAUCCUUCUGAAGUUGAUAAUUCGCAGAUUGUUUUAUCUCAGAUCAAUUCGGAAAUUGAUGAACUCUUGGAUCUAGAAAGCAUAACUUAUCCAGAUUCAGAGUCUACUGUUGGAAUGAACUUGAAAAUGCAUUCAAUCAAUGCUGUACACAAUCUAGAGUCUAGAGUUCAGAGAGAUGUUGGAGCACCCCAAGGCAAUGAUGAAGUUUCUAACCACAAUAGUCGUUCAGGAGCAAGCCCACUAGUUGAUUUCUGUGUAUCAAUGGAUACACUGUCUGGUGAACCAUUCAGUAGCCUUUUACAAAAUUCUUUAUCAACAGAAUAUCCGAGCACUGAUUUCACAAAUCACACUGAUUUUUUCACACUUGACAAGAGCAAAAAAGCAUUGAAUGUGAAUGAAGGGCAUGAAAUAGAUAAAGUGAUUGCCGAUAUGAGAGCAGCUUUACUACAAAGUGCUCGAGAAGCAGUGAAACCUGUGAUAGAUAAAGAUAUUAGUAAAGAUCAAGAUAAUUCAGGAUUUAGUGAAAAAAAUAAAAUUGUUGAACGCCCUUUGAUAAUUCGUUCAGUCAAACCUUCUCUUCUUCCUGAAAGAGUGAUCUAUGGAGAAGGGUACACUGGUUUGAGAAAUGUAGGAAAUAUCUGCUACAUGAACUGCAUGAUACAAUGUCUGAAAGUUAUACCAAUAAUAAAAGCUGCGUAUGUAACAUCUGAUCUGUAUUUGAAGUGUCAGACUAAAAACCCUCCAAAAAUUAAUCAUAUAAUGGCAGAUGUAUUCAGAGAAAUUUGGAAGGGAUCUGAUUCCAAUCAAAACAUCUUCUUCAUCGAGGAAUUCAAGAAAAAGAUAGUUGAAAUCGCUCCACAGUUCGGCAAAAAUACUCAUGAAGAUGCAUUUGAAUUCUUUAUUUUUCUAUCAAAAGUAAUAAAUGAAGAUUGUUCUUUAGACCUGCUCCAGUCUCCAGUAAUGACUGAACAAGAGAAUGCUUGGUAUUCCCUACUCCAAGGGCAUACUUCUUUUUGGGUGGAUACAUUUUAUCAUCAAAUGAAGAACAGUAAAACCUGCUAUAAGUGUCGUCAACCCAAUUUAUCAUUCGAAACUGACAGUACUUUAAUGUUACCUGUAGGUGAAUCAACAAGUUACCUUCAAUUAUUGAUUGAUGAAUACAUGAGAGAAAAUCUUGUUUUUGAUUAUUCAUGUUCUAACUGCAAAACGUCCGCCGCCAUUGUUAAUAAGAAAGAGAUUAUAGUUGAUCCGGAUGUACUGGUCAUCGUACUAAAAAGAUAUAUUGCAAAUCCAGAUGGAACUUACAGAAAAAAUAAUGCUCUGAUUGAAUUCCCCCUUGAAGAUCUCAGCUUUGGUAGCUCCAAAUACACCUGUUAUAGUAUUGUUCAGCACAACGGUACUAUGACCCAUGGUCACUACUUUGCCACAGUAUUACUUGAUAACAAAAAUAAACAUUGGGUUUCCUUCAAUGAUGAACAGGUGGCAAGAUUCAAAUCUCCUGUCAACGAAUCCCUUUCGAUACAAAAAUCUGCUGUUGGAUUUUUUUAUGUUAGACAGGGUACAAAUUAAUGUGAUUAAUAUAAAUGUGAUAUAUAGCUGAUAUUUUGAAAGCUCCAUUCCAUAUAUUUUUGAUACACCUCGUUCCUUAAUAAUUUCGUUGAAUUGAUCUAGAAAGUGCCUGAUAUUUAUAGCAUGUUCAAUUUAUUUCCUGUUUAUUUAUUGACAUAGUUUAGUGACUGAAGAAAAAAAUUGCUCGAGUUGUAUUGAGAUAUUUUAGUUUAGUUUUCAGAUAGAAUCCUGAAACUAAUUUUUCCAGUUGUAGAAAUUGUAGAUUAACAAUUUUAUGUGACUGAUAAUCUAAAUUUGAAUGUUGAAGUUCAAACCUGCUCUUUUUGACCCCGUGAUUAUGUUUGAGUUGCAACAAAUGAUGUUAUUGUUCUUUAUUAAAAUUUUCUUCACGAAAUA